AUGGAGGCAUUGAAAGAAGCAUAUCUUGAUUUUGCAAUGCAAGUAGGCCAGGAAUAUUUGCUUCAAGACUACCAAGGCCGAGAUCUGUAUGCCAUUUGGAGGAACAACACUUCCGAUGAAAAGGUUGAAAGAUUCAAGAAAUGGUUGGGUGACGAAGAAAAUGAAAGUGCCCUGCUCAUCCUUGACCAUAUUGAUGGGAUGAAAAAAUCUGGUCAAAAUCCUAUCGCUGGCGUUUCUGAACAAGCAAAGAACAUCUUGUUGACAACAAGAAAUCCAAAUAUCCAUCUGCGAGACGGCUGCAAGACUAUCAAGUUAAACAACAUGGAGAUUGAUGAUAUUGUAACUGUCUUAGAAGAGGUUCGAUCGUUGGAAGAUGAAGACACCGAAGACUUUCUCGGCCUAAAUAAUUCUGAUGUCUUACUCUAUGUUGCUAAAUCAGUUUAUGGGCAUCCACUUGCUGCCUGUAUAGCCAUGAAAUAUAUCAUCCAGGUUCAGUCUCUUGACGAUUACACGUCCGGUGGCCAGGAUUUUGUUUCCAUGCUUUCUGGUUCAAUGCUUUCUGGUUCAGACUACAAAGCACGAAUGUCAUUUCUACAAUACAAAACACAAAUGCCCUCUAUUAUGGAUACAUUAAUCGUAUCCAAGAAGCGCCUAUCUCAUCCUCAGGGCCCGGCUUGGUCAUUGAUGGAAGUGCUCAGUCUUCUUGAAACAGACGAAUCCAUUGUUGAUUUUAAGAAAUUCUUCGCAUUCUCAAACAUCAAGAAUACAGAAGAAUUUCCAGACUUCGAUAUUCUUGGUUUGCGAAAAGGGGGCGUAAUGCCUUUAUUGCGUCAGAUUGAAGAAGUUUCUUUUAUGGAAAGAACCAGGCGUUCGAAGCCUCUUCGUAUCCAGCCUCUCUGGGCCGAGUGCACUCGCCAAUUGAUGGGAAAAAAUCGCAUGUUAAGUUUGAUGAAACAAAUUGUGACAAUCUGCUAUUACUCAACAAUUGCGGUUUCCGAAGGAAGUAUGGGUUGUAACUACUAUCCCCACGUCAAGCAUUGUAUAAGGAUUUGCGGGAGUUUUGACAUCAGUGUAUCGAGCUUGGAAAUGCAGAAGGAAAUUAACAUGCUAGUUCAUAGUUUGGCCACUUGA